UCAACCGCUGUCACACAGUCAUGGCGUUUUUCACACACCAGAUCUGCAGAUCUCUGAGCUCCUCUGCUGUCCGAAAUGCUGCCAUUAAACAUGUUACUGUGAUUGGAGGAGGAUUGAUGGGCGCAGGAAUCGCACAGGUUGCUGCAGUUACUGGGCAUACGGUGGUGCUAGUGGACACAUGUGAGGACAUUCUGAAGAAAUCCACCAAGGGCAUAGAGAGCAGCCUUAAGAGAGUGGUGAAGAAGAAGUUUGCUGACAAACCUGAGGCUGGAGAAGAGUUUGUUCAGAAGGUACUGAAGAGUGUUUCCACAAGCACAGAUGCUGCAUCAGUGGUGCCCAGCACUGACCUGGUGGUGGAGGCCAUCGUGGAGAACCUUAAAGUGAAACAGAAUCUCUUUUCUGCACUGGAUAAAGUGGCUCCAGAACACACCAUCUUUGCCAGCAACACGUCCUCAUUACCCAUUGCAGAUAUUGCAAGUUCCACAUCCCGCUUAGAUCGGUUUGGAGGACUCCACUUCUUCAACCCCGUCCCAAUGAUGAAGCUUGUUGAGGUGAUCCAGACCCCACAAACAAGCCAGGAAACAUUCAAUGCACUUCUUGAUUUCAGCAAAGCACUUGGAAAGCAUCCAGUCUCCUGCAAAGACACUCCAGGCUUUAUUGUAAACCGGCUGCUCGUGCCCUAUCUGAUGGAGGCUGUGCGGCUUUACGAGCGAGGACACGGCUCCAAAGAGGACAUCGAUGUAGCCAUGAAGCUCGGCGCCGGUUACCCCAUGGGUCCGUUUGAGCUCUUGGACUAUGUAGGAUUGGACACGUCGAAAUUCAUCAUUGAUGGUUGGUACGAGACAGAGCCAGAAAACCCCUUGUUCUCUCCAAGCCCCCUGCUCAACAAACUAGUAUCAGAGGGCAAGCUGGGCAAGAAAAGUGGCGAGGGUUUCUACAAGUACAAAUAAAUCCAGUUCAGAGCCACGAUAACCUGAACUUUAACUUCUCAUCAGAAUAAACAUCAUGCAGACGGCUGGACUGAAGCCGAAUGAUUGGAAGCAGACGGGUGAAUCAUUAAACUGCAGUUGUGGAUACUAGUGCCUUACCUUAAUGAUAUGUGAAUGGAAUCAUGAUUUUUGCACUACAUAGUUUGUUCAAUUUGAGGUCUGAUGGAAUAAAAAAGGAAAUUUAAA